AUGAGUGCUCCUGGCGAGACUGAGGGCGCGUUGGAGGAGAUUUCUCUUUCAGAACCAAACCAAGAUGAGAAAUUGGCGUCAGCUGGCCUCGCCAAUGGCCACCACGACGCUUCUCCUGUCGAGCUUGCGGUCCAGGCUGCUGCGCCGACGCCAGCAGAGACGACGCCGACGAUUCCACAAAAUACACCAAAUCCAGCGCCUGUGCGUGUCAUGUCGACGAGCAUCACGUCGGGCCAGGGCCAGACAUUGUCCACGGUGCUCGUCACGUCGGCACUCAAGACCAUUGCCGCCUCCAAGGAAGCAAAGCGCUCCCAACAGCUCAGAGAGGCUGUAGAUCACGCGUUGGACAUGCUCAACGAGGGCAAAGGCGGCGACAAGCCCAGGGAAAUCUUCGAGCCGUUGCGCUUAGCGUGUGAGACGCACAACGAAAAGCUGCUCGUCGCAAGUUUGGAUUGCAUCUCAAAGCUGAUAUCAUAUGCAUUCUUCGUCGAGAAUGCCUCGCCCCAGAACUACACGUCGCCUCCAGGAUCCCCCACUGCAUCCGCGGCUGGCCUUCCAACGAGCUUGGCCGAUCUGGUCACGCAUACUAUCACAUCCUGCUACACAGAAUCAACAUCAGAUGCAGUAUCCCUUCAGAUUGUCAAGGCACUCCUCCAAAUCGUCCUCUCCCCUCACAUACUUGUCCAUCAUUCCUCCCUGCUCAAGGCCGUCAGGACCGUCUACAACAUCUUUUUACUCAGUCAGAGCCCGAUGAACCAGAACGUAGCCCAGGGAGGCCUCACUCAAAUGGUCCAUCACAUCUUUGCGCGAACGCAGAUUUCUACCCAAGGACAGGGAUCUGUCGCCAUGGAUCAACCUCCGAGUGCAACACAAUCCACCUUUUCUCUUUCUACACCCACAGUGGCUGAGAACCAGCCAGUGACACCCGUCUCGGCACAAGAGGAACCAAAGGACGACGUAGAAAGAGCCGCCGGGAUUCCACUUCCUCCGGAAGAGGAUGAAGAGCAUGAAGAGGGAUCCGUCAGAGUCGAAACCCCUCGAACAGGACGCAUGUCUCACACAUUCACGACGCGGGAUUUGUUCAUCAAGGACGCCUUUCUGGUCUUUAGAGCCCUCUGCAAGCUGACCAUGAAGCCACUUCCUCCAGAAAGUGAGCGUGAUCUCAAGUCGCAUCCAAUGCGAUCCAAGCUUCUCUCGCUUCACCUUGUUCGCACAAUCCUCGACUCGCAUAUGCUCGUUUUCGUGUCACCGUCCUCUGUCAUCCUCUCUGCAUCCACCAACGAAGCCACCAUCUUUGUGCAAGCCAUCAAGCAAUACCUCUGCUUGAGUUUGAGCAGAAACGCCGUUAGUUUCGUUCCACAAGUAUUCGAGGCGAGCGUCGAGAUUUUCUGGCUCGUCCUCACAGGCAUGCGCUCGAAACUCAAACGUGAAAUUGAAGUCUUGUUCAACGAGAUUUUCAUUCCGAUUCUGGAAAUGCGGACCUCUUCUGUCCAGCAGAAGAUUGUGUUGGUCAACAUGAUCCAGCGCCUCUGUCAGGAUCCACAAGCGCUCGUAGAAAUUUACCUCAACUAUGACUGUGAUCUCAAUGCCGUGGAAAACAUUUACGAACGGCUUAUGAGUAUCAUUUCCAAACAGUCUACCGCGCAUUAUGGCCCUACCCUUAGCAAGGGAAGUGCUCGCUCCGCUCAAUCCCCGACGGACCCUGGGUCUGCCAAGCCAACUUCCUCUCAACACACUCUGCCACCUUCGUUGACUACGACAGCGCUUUCUGAGACAACCGCUAACGCUGACGUAGCCGCAUUGGAGCGCAAGCUCCACCAGCAAAGUCUCGAGUCUCUCGUUUUUGUCCUGAAGUCGCUCGUCGCGUGGAAAGAUGCAGCAGGACGACCCACGUCUACUGCAAGGACAGGUACACCCAACGGCCUCUCUUCAGACCAGGCGACGAUUGUAUCUAGAUCUAGCUUGACAGAUGAGACGGCAGCGGACAGUGGAUCCGAAUCUGUCAACCCUCGCCGGAAUUCGAGCGUAUCUGGUGUGGGAUCCGUGGACUUGCGCGUCUCGACACCCACUGUCGAGGGAAUGGCGUUGGAAGACGAUCCAAGCCGAUUCGAGAGCGAGAAGAUGCGCAAGGUGACACUAACAGAAGGCAUCAAGUUGUUCAAUUCCAAGCCGAAGAGGGGCAUCACCUAUCUCUUGGACAAAGGAUUUAUCCGUAGCAAAUCCCCCAAUGACGUUGCUGCAUUCUUGUUGCACGCCGACGGCCUUAGCAAGGCUUCGAUUGGAGAAUAUCUUGGAGAAGGCGAGGAAGAAAAUAUUGCGACAAUGCAUGCUUUCGUGGACAUGAUGGAUCUGACCAAUCUCUCAUUCACGAGCGCCCUGCGCACUUUCCUUCAAGCUUUCCGUCUUCCAGGCGAGGCUCAGAAGAUAGAUCGCUAUAUGCUCAAGUUUGCGGAUCGUUACAUGGCUGGCAACACUGAUACGCCAUUCGCGAAUGCCACGGCUGCAUAUGUUCUCGCGUAUUCGACAAUCCUGUUGAAUACGGACGCACAUAAUCCUCAAGUCAAGAAGCGAAUGACCAAACAGGACUUUAUUAAGAAUAAUCGCGGUAUCAACGACGACGCCGAUCUGCCAGAGGAUUUCUUGGGUGCAAUCUACGACGAUAUCCAGACAAACGAAAUCCGGAUGAAAGAUGAAGUCGAGGCGCAACUGGGUGUCGUACAACCUACUGCUGGCCUCGCAAAUGCACUCGCCAACGUUGGUCGAGACUAUCAAAAGGAAGCGUAUCUGGCUCAGUCGAACGGCAUGGCGAAUCGCACAGAAGCUCUAUUCAGGACCAUGAUGCGUGCUCAGCGUCGAGGCAAGGCGAGCGAGCACUUUUUCAGCGCAUCGCAUUUUGUUCAUGUCAAGCCCAUGUUCGAGGUAGCUUGGAUGUCCUUCCUUGCAGGCAUCUCGGGUCCAUUGCAAGGAACGGAUAAUAUGGAGGUUGUAGAACUCUGUCUGGACGGAUUCAAGUACUCUAUUCGGAUAGCCGCUUUCUUCGAUAUGGAGCUGGAACGCAACGCAUUUGUUACCACGCUCGCCAAAUUCACCUUCCUCAAUAAUCUUGGAGAGAUGAAAACGAAGAAUAUGGAAGCGAUCAAAGCUCUAUUGGAUGUUGCGCUCAGCGAGGGUGAUCACCUCAAAGGGUCGUGGAGAGAUGUCCUGAUGUGUGUCAGUCAAUUGGAACACAUGCAAUUGAUUGGUAGUGCUCCGGACGAAGGAAAGAAAGGUCGAUCGAAGCGACUACCUGCUGAAGAACUGGCCAACGAAAGCCGGUCUACACAUAUCACGGUCUCGGCAGACAUGGUUUUCUCCCUUAGCAAUCAACUCUCAGGGGCCGCAAUUGUGGACUUUGUUCAAGCGCUGAGCGAUGUCUCUUGGGAGGAAAUCCAGUCUUCUGGAUUAUCUGACACUCCCAGACUGUUCUCCAUCAGAAAACUGGUCGAGAUUUGCUAUUACAACAUGAACCGUAUUCGAUUGGAAUGGGUGAACAUGUGGGCGAUUCUGGGAGAACACUUCAAUCAGUAA